AUGAGAUUUGCUAAAGAUGACUCAGAUAAUGAUCUCAAUGUCGGGUCGAAGCCUAUCAUCUUCGUUGUGCACAGCAUGGGAGGCUUGGUGGUGAAGAAGGCUUACUUGCUUGGAAUUCACGACGUGAAUUACAAAGCUAUCAUUGAAUCUAUUUCCGCUGUUAUAUUCCUAUCAACUCCCCACAGAGGCACUAACCUAGCCGAGGUGCUCAACCGCAUCGUCUCUGCGACUUUUCAAUCAUCCAAGAGUUUCAUAUCAGAUCUCAAUAAAAGCUCUUUCGCCAUUGAAGAAUUAAACGAACAGUUUCGUCAUUUGGCACCAAGUUUGUCCAUAUGGUCUUUUUACGAGACCCUCACAACAUCUAUCGGACCCAGAAAAAUCAUGGUACUGGAGAAAGAUUCGUCCAUACUAGGAUAUCCAACGGAAAUUUCGAAACCUUUACAUGCUGACCACCAAGGCAUGUGUAAGUAUAACAGUCCUAGCGAUAUGAAUUAUGUUAGCGUCAAAAAUGCCAUUAAAUCAUUAGUCUCUCAGUUUAUGAGGAAAGCAGAGAGCGAGUCUGGGGCAACCGAUGUUGAGAUUAAGGCGACGCUAACAGAUCUUUUCCGGGGUUGCCUCAUAAGCGAAGAUGACUACAAUGCCCUUCGUCAACGACGGGUUCCUGGCACCUGUCACUGGAUUCUUGAAGACAGAAACUUUUUGUCUUGGUUUUCUCCAUCCCACGAGUCCCGUGUACUGUGGUAUAGUGCGCUUCCGGCCAGCGGGAAAUCUAUCUUAUCCACAUAUGUCAUUGAUCAUUGCAAGUCUUCUACCACAGGUUGCCAAUUCUUUCACUUUAAAUACUCCGAUCCCGGGAAAAGAUCAGUCGCGAACUGCUUUAGAAGCUUGGCCUUCCAACUUGCUAAAGAUGUUCCAAAGUUUGGCAAACUACUAUGCGAUGCUUCUCGGGAAUCCUUGGGCCUGGAGACUAACGACGUUACCAUGAUUUGGAGGAACACCUUUCAUUCCAUACUUGCGCAAUCGAGUAUUGAGGGGCCUCUAUAUUGGAUUAUCGAUGCCUUGGAUGAAUGCGACGGACCAAAGACUUUGCUCGGCUGUUUAAAGGGUCUUUCUACGAUCACUGUACCCAUCCGUAUUCUGAUAUUGAGUCGAAACACUGAUGUGCUUUCCGUCGCUUUUGAUCGACUCUCACAUAUUGUGCCUGUUACGAUUGUCGAAAAGAGUGACGGCUCACAUAAUCUCGAAGAUAUCAAGGUUCUUGUAAAACAAGAGCUUGAGCACAUCCAUUGCAGUUCUGAGUUUCGCCAGCAAUUGUCUCAGAAUAUAAUUAGACGUUCCGAAGGCAAUUUUCUCUGGACCAAACUGGUACUUGAUGAACUCAUGUAUUGCCACACGGAGGAAAGUAUACAAGAAGUUUUAAAUGAGGUUCCGGACGACAUGAAUCUCAUGUAUGAAAGAAUGGAGAAGAGUCUCAUUGACUCAACCCGAAGAUCUAAUGCGCCGCUAAUAAAAGCGCUUCUUGAAUGGACAAUUUGUGCACAGAGAUCUCUUAAACUUAAUGAAAUCUCUCAAGCGCUCAAGCCUGAAUUUACCGGAUUUUUGGACCUUAAAAGAACAAUCAAAGAGGCGUGCGGUCAGUUUAUUCAAAUUGACGAAGGAGGCAAUGUCUCGAUGCUGCACCAUACAACAAGCGAGUAUUUCUCGCGGAACAAUGGAAGCCAGUUCUCCAUUAACCCAUUAGCAACACAUGCCAAGCUAUUCUUGAAAACCAUUUCAGCCCUAGAGGAACCUACGCUGCGAUGGAGCUUGUCUGAGAGUCGCCAUGCUUUGCAACUCAGUCAACCCUUCGUCUUUUAUUCGGCAAUUAGCUGGUCAUAUCAUCUUGGCCAUUGUCAGUCAGUUUCAUCCGAGAACUUGGACCGGUUGAUGUCAUUUUUUCGAAGCCCUGCGGUUCUUAGUUGGAUCUACAUCCUGUCUCUGCUUCGGCGGCUGGAUGUUCUAACAAAAGCAUCAAGAGUUCUUGCUUUGUUUGUACGCAACACUCGAAAGAGAGACGCCCAAAAGAACCCAAUGCUCCAUCGUUUGUCAGAUCUAGAACUCUUGGAAGAAUGGAUUGUGGACAUUGCCAAAAUUGUCGGAAAGUUUGGUCGGAAUUUAGUAUCCGAGCCUGAAGUCAUUUAUAACGUGAUUCCGGCUGUGAGCCCUGGCAAGACUGCAAUAUCACGGCUGUUUCGGGACACUCAACCCACAAUACAAGUCCAAGGUAACGAGAAUGGGCAGUGGAAUGAUAACUUAGGCCGUUUUGCCUUACCAUCAGACUCUCGGGCAUGGAGGAUAGCCUGCGCGGUGAAGCACCUAGCAGUUCUUGAAUUGAAUGGAAGAGUGCGAAUUUGGGACCCAUCUAGUUUCAUGGAAAUUAGAUGCAUCUCGCACCCAGAGUCUGUCACAGCCAUGGCUUUCAAUGCUAAUGGGACGAAACUUGUGACUUAUGGCCUUCGAACAACGAGGAUCUGGUCCGUUGCUAGCGGGAGAGAACUACUGGCUUUUAACAAUCCUCCGCUCACGAAAGCGAUGGAAAUCUCGUUCAUAGAAAAGGAUACCAAGCUACUAUUUGGAGGGGACGACAACAUCAUCAGGUAUGCAAUUUGCGACGUGUCAAAUCCAGAGUGGCAAAUUGUGCAUCCGAAUGUUCUCCUCAAAGAAACACACGACGGUGGUGGUACAUUUGUCAAUUCUCCAAUGUGUUUGGCGUUUAGUGACAAUAAAGACUACGUCGGAGUAUCAUAUAGAGGAGCCCCCCUUUCAGUCUGGAGGAUAUCCGAUGGCAAAUGCAUUGGGAGGUGCAAACGCUCCAAGGAUGUGCAACAUACAGAUCGUCGACCCUCGACAAACUGGUUUGCUGUUGACAGGUUCACAUGGAAUCCAGUGAGUGGCCAUAUCCUUGGGAUCUAUAAAGAUGGUUGCAUCUUUAAGUGGCACCCUUUUACUGGAGAGAAUUUUGAAGUUCGAAAACCUGCGGAUGAAAUUACGGCAAGCCCGAAUGGAAAGCUUUUCGCAACGAGUAGCAGUGACGGUUCGAUCCGCGUUUGGAAUUUUGCAUUUUUCACAAUCAUCUAUCAACUUUCAGCCGAGGACCUUGUCACAACUCUGGCUUUUAGUCCCGAUAGCCGCCGCUUUUACGAUUUACGGGGAGGCGUGGUGAACGCAUGGGAGCCUGAUGUUGUGGCACGCUUUAACGAGAACGACGGUCAUACCAGCGAUACAAAUAGUGAAGAGCAGUCAUCAACCACGAUAUCAAGGAUCUCAGAGGAGCGAAUUCCUUAUGUUGAUUGCAUUACCGCAAUUGCCCCCUCUCCCGAUCGAGCUAGGUACUGUGCAGGGUUCGAGAACGGAACCGUUCUUUUGUUCGAGGAUCAAAAUAUCAAACCUUCGGAGGUAGCAAAUUUCGGGUAUUUCCUCGACAUAACACACAUUGUGUGGAGUGAGAAUAGCGUCUUCAUUGCCAUCGCAACCCUGGCCGGAGAUGUUCUGAUCAAGUCCAUACAUAGAGACCAAGGAGAAGUCCGUUUCUCAUCACUGCCUAAACCGGAGGCCCACUCCAACGAAUCCAAAACAAAAUUUCGGGGCGAUUCUUUUAGUAUACAAGGUCUGAUCUUUAGCUUGGACUCAGAGUUUUUAUUUGUGUGGACCGAGCGAGAAUGUUUUGUUUGUGCUGUCCGUACCGGUUCUCUCCAGGCUUACCUCGAAAACGAGGCCGGAUACGAAAAGAAAUGGUUUCGUCAUCCGAAAAAUCACGAUAUACUUCUUGCAUUCAGCACGCAAAGCACUGAGGCUUAUAGCUGGAAAACAUUGACCAAGUUAUGGAGUAGUGACUUUGUCAAAAGCUCUCUGGACAAUAAACUGAACAAGCAAGAUUUGACGUCAAAAUUAAAAGCUGCCAAGCUAGGACCGACAGAUCAAAGCAAAAGCCUAUUGCGUGUUAUCGUCUCACCUGUCUCCGAGUACUCGAUGUUGUCUUUCGGCGAUAAUACUCUUUCAAGGGAUAUCGGGAUCUUCAAGACGGCGGAAAUAUCUGAUUCAGUGCGAUCGAAAGUCGAAUUGACAUAUGUGCCAUUACAUAUAGCGAGAAGAGUUUAUGCACCACUGGGAAUUCUCAAGAAUCAGAGACUCAUUUUCCUGGACCAUGAGCUGUGGCUCUGCUCUUAUUGCCUAGGAGCCAACGAUUCAUUAUCCGAAACAUAUGAGAGGUUUUAUUUCAUUCCAAGGGACUGGGCUAACGCGGGCAGCUUGGAAAAGUGCGUUCUAGACUCAAAUGGGAUGUUGUUGUGGCCAAGGGAAGGCCAAGUGCUACGGAUAGAAUGUGACUUUGAUUAUGCACCGGCAUUUCGUAGCUUAUAG